AUGCCUCAAGCCCACACAUCCCAGGAGUAUUGGCUCCCUGGCUAUGGCCUGUCUCGACAUAUCGUGCUCCGGCAGCUGCAGUAUUUCCUGGGACCAUCUGCUACAGUCAGACCCUACUCAUAUCAAGGUCGAGAAGGCUAUCUGAUCAACGGUACUCCUCUGACAAAGGAGCAAAUCGAAGACCUUAGACGGCAGUCGCGCGAGUAUGAGAGGCAACAGACUAUUCGAAUGUCCGGCAAAGCCAUUGCAACCACCGACUCAGCCGAACCGGACAUCAACGAGCCCGUUGCGGUCACUGUCAGCCGACGAAACAAUCCCGCUUACUCAUCGACAUCAUACGCGCCUUACCAGCGGUACCGGUGA